AUGGAUUAUCUCAUCAAUAAUAUGGGUUUGGAGACUUCUGAACUUGCCAAGAGGACAAAUAUCCUUUCACAUAGCUUGGAGCAGAGGAUUGUCCCUAGGUGCUCAGUUUAUGGACUUUUGUUGUCGAAAGGUGUGGACUUGAAGGGUUUUCAUUUGACUACAAUGUUGGUAGUUUUUGAAAAGAGGUUCAUCGGGCAUAUUGAGAAGUCUUAUCGGAAGGAAGCUCCUGAGCUCUUGAAGCUAUACCAAGAAAUGUUGGAUCUUUCAAAGCCCCCAGCUAUGGGCUUUCAUGCUCAGAGUAGCAUUCCAAGUUUUGUUGUUCAUGUUAGUGAGCCUCAAGAUCUCAGUUAUGAUUGGUCUUCCACAAGAAUAGAAUAUGAAAAAAAGGAGGGGGGAAGAAAUAGAGAACUAAAAAAGUAG